UAUCCAGCCAUGAGUGGGCGAUGCCACUCAUAUACGUCUGACAAAUGCGGUCGGUGGAUGGACUGUGAAUGUCUAGUAUAUCAUUGCUGCUCAGAGCAAUCGCAGCCUCUCCACCCUUCCCGACCGUAUCGCAUCUUCUACUCUAGCAACUGAAUGACCAUGCUCUCGGCCGCGUGGUUAGUUGGGGAGUAUAGGACGGACUGUGCGUUGGGUUUGAUCCAGAGCAGCCAGAACCACUCGUAUGAUCUCCGUUGGAUCUUCCAUCCCAACGCUCAAGCGCACCUGAGGAUGUUGGUGAGAGACAGGAAG